AGUCUUGUUUUCACUAUUCACGCAGCCAAUCCCGAUUUCUGAAAUUGGGAGAAACAUUCAUUUGAAGGUGACAAGCAGAGCUCUAAUAUUCGCUACGAUUACAAACCCUAAUCAGCUCACAGACCUCUCUUUCUCGCGUCUUUGGAGGUAUAGUUUCCAAGUCUCCUUUUCUUCGAUCCAAGCGUUAUUGUUCCCAAUCUUUUUUCAUACCAAUUGCUGUUCCAGCAAAAUUUUUUAAUUUCAGUGGAUUGAUAUGUACAACGGAAUAGGGUUACAGACCCCAAGAGGGUCGGGUACGAAUGGGUACAUUCAGGGCAACAAGUUCUUUGUGAAGCCGAAGAUUUCAAAGGUUGCUGAGAACACAAAGGGGUUUGAGGCAGAUCAGGGCACUGCUGGUGUUACCAGGAAGCCCAACAAAGAUAUCCUUGAGCAUGAUCGCAAGCGUCAGAUUCAGCUCAAGCUCACCAUCCUUGAAGACAAACUUAUUGAUCAGGGCUACACUGAUGCGGAAAUCGCUGAAAAACUCAUGGAGGCUCGCCUAAAUUUGGAAGCCACUGCUGCCACUGAGGAAAUAGAUGGACCUGCAUCUGUAUCUGCAUCAGAUAAGAAGGUUUCAAAUACACAGACUCAUCAAAUUGCUGCUAGGAAGGAAAAGCAGAUGGAAGCAUUGAAGGCUGCUCUUGGCAUAGUCUCGUCUGAAGCCAAUGAAAGAAAUGCAGAUGGGACUGAUGAGCUUGGAAAUGAUGGGGGAAAUGGUUCUAAUGUGGAGGGUAAUUCAAAGCCUGAACAUGCCUUUUUGGACAGAGAUUUCAGUAAGAAACAAAUGGUUGAAGAUCAAAAGGAUGAAAAUACUAAGAAGAAGAGUGUUAAAGAUACAAGGCACCACAAGAAGGUUGAAACUCUUAAGAAAAAGUAUGAGGAUGAUUCAUCUGAUUCAGACAGCAGUUUGUCUGAUGAGAAGAGAGGUACAAGGAAGCGUGGUAAAGAGUACACAAGCAGUAGUGAUGAAUCUGAUUCUGAUAGUGAUGCUAAGAGGAAGGUCAAGGCUGAAAAGAAGCGGAAGAUACCUAAGCACCACAAGAAAGGUAGGGUGGAGGAUAGUGAUGAUACCAAUUCUUAUGAUUCUGAUGACAGCGAUAUUGCAAAAAAAAGUUAUAAGAAGACAGAUAAGUCUCAUAGGAGGCAUUUUUCGGAUGAUGAUUCUGAUGAUCAUGAAGAUGUCUCCAAGCAUAAGACUUGGGAAGGGAAGCAACAUUCAAAAAUGAGAAAACCUCAUGAUUCUGCGGUGGAAUCUGAUGUUGAUAGGGAGGAAAAAAAAUAUGGUAGACGUGAGAAGCAGAAGACAAAGAGGCAUAGUUCUGAUGAUGAGGACUCUUAUAGAGAUGGUGUUAAGCAUGCAUCAGGUCAAGACAGAUAUGUUAGAAGGGGGUCAUACACUUCCUCUAAUGACAGUAGCAGUGACAGUGAUUCAGACAGCGAUUCUAGUGAUCACAGAUAUGAAAAAACAAAAAAAGGUGGGCCUGUUGUAGCAAAGAAAGGUAAAGGAUAUGGCAGGGAAGAAAAUAAAUUCAGAGAUGAAGCCAGAGAUAGUGGUGCAGAGAAAGGGAAGAAUACUGCUAAUAUUGAUGCAUUGGACUCUCUUAAAAAGUCAUAUGGGACAGAUUUUGCAAAGGGAUCAAAUAGUAGAAGUCGAGAAAUGACACAAGGUAGCAGCAGGAAAAUUGAUGGAGACAGAGAUAGGGGGGCCGUCACAUUGGUCAAGCAUAAUGAAGAUGAUAGAAAAACUGAGUCUGAAUCUAAAUUAGCUAGGCUUGCAGGGCAUGAUGAUGAUAGUUCUGAGCAAAGAGGAAGAAAUUAUAACAAGGAUGUUGAAUCACAUUUUGUUGGUCGAACUGCUCGCUAUGGUGAAGAUCAUGAAACAAGAAGGCAUAUAAGAGAUGAUGAUAAUCAUAGGGAGCAUGAGCAUAGAAGGGAUAAUGAUAACCGUGGAGAAAGAAAGCAUGGAAGGGAUGAAGAUGAUCACACAGGAAGAAAGCUUGCAAGGGAAGAGGAUGUUGGAGAAAAAAAGCAUGUGAAGGAUGAGGACGAUUCUAAAGAAAAGCACAGAAGGCAUGAGGAUGGCCAUGGAGAUUAUCGUAUAGGAAGAAAGCACACAAGGGAUGAGGAUGAUCUUGGAGAAAGAAAGCAUGCAAGGGAUGAGGAUGAUUCCAAAGGGAAGCACAGAAGGUAUGAGGAUGACCGUGGAGAGAGAAAGAACUUGAGGGAUGAAGAUGACGGUGCAGAGAGAAAGCGUGGAAGGGAUGAAGAUUACCGAACAGGAAGAAAGCAGACAAGGGAUGAGAAUGAACAUAGAGAAAGAAAGUUCAGAAGGGAUGAGGAUGAUCGGGAAGGAAGAAAGUUCAGAAGGGAUGAGGAUGUUUAUGGAGAAAGAAAGAACUUAAGGGAUGAGGAUGUGCAUGGAGAACGAAAGAACUUGAGGGGGGAGGAUGAUGAUAGGGAAAGAAAGCAUUCAAAGGAUAAAGAUGGUCGUGGAGAAAGAAAGCACAGAAGGGAUGAUGAUGAUGAUGUUAGUCAUGAAAGAAAGCAGUGCAGAAGGGAUGAAGAUGAUCGUGAAGAAAGAAAGCAGCACAGAAGGGAUGAUGAUGGUCGUGGAGAGAGAAAGCACAGAAGGGAGGAGGAAGAGCGGGGAAAGAAAGGUUAUGAGAGGGAAAGCCGCUCCAAGAGAGCCAGAUACUAAGGUUCUCCUUCGAGUGAGGCGUGAAAGUAACUCAUGAACUGUGAUCCAGGCAUAUUGAGAAUGCUUACUUGCUGCUUUAAUAUUUGAAUUAGAUGUGUCAGUUGUCUUAUACAUUUGCUUUUUAGAGGAUGUAAUUUGUGUUUGAACUAUGUUUAAUGCGUGCUUUUUUCAAAUUCUGUAUUAUGUUUUUUUUUUCUACCAAAAUUCUUUAUUUUGUUGUGACUGGUAGUUUUUUUUAAAAAUAAAAUACAAAAUCUACUGCAGGUGUUGUAUA